AUGGGUCUUGCAUACAAACACCAGAACCCUAACUGCCGAAAUUAGGGGUUUAGACACCAUGGCAUUAUCAUGAUGACGAUGAUGAAGUUUAAUCAUUCGUUUUACGCUUCCCGUAAGUUUCCCCUUUUCUUCAAUCGUCCCUAUAUUAUUGCUGCAUCCUUUCAUUCCAUUAAUCGAAAUUGCAAAGAUUCUAAAACCCUACAAGAUGCUGUUUACACGUUUAAUCGUAUGCUUUAUAGGAAUCCUGUACCCCCUAUUCCAGAAUUCACUAAAAUAUUAUCAGUUAUUGUGAAAAGGAAUCAUUUUGCUGCUGCAAUUUCGUUAAUUAAACACUUUGACUUUUUGGGAGUCAACCCUGUUUUGAAACCCACCAUUUAUGUUUUCAACAUUGCUAUUAAUUGCUUUUGUCACUUGAAAAGAGUAGACUUUGGAUUCGCCGUGCUAGCGAAAGCCACGAAACUCGGAUACCAGCCCGAUUGUGCUACUUUUAAUACCCUCAUUAGGGGACUAUGUGGUAACAAUAAGUUGCAUCAAGCGAUCAAGUUGUUUGAUCGGAUUGUGAAGAACGGGUUUGAGCCUAGUGUAGUGACUUACGGGACGUUAAUUAACGGUCUUUGUAAAUCGGGAGACACUCGUUCGGCUGUUGUUUUGCUUCAGAAUAUGGAAGCAUCCACUUGUCCACCGGGGAUUAUCCAGUACAGCUGCAUUAUAGACAGCCUUUGUAAGCGUAAACGAUUUGUUGAAGCGUUGAAGCUUUUUACGGAAAUGAAAAGAAAAGGUGUGUCGCCUAAUGUUGUGACGUAUACUUGUUUGAUUCAUGGUUUGUGUAGUAUACACUCGUGGGAUGAAGCACUUGAGUUGUUGAGUGAAAUGCAUGCUCGAAACAUCUCGUUAAACGUGCACACGUUUUCUAUUUUGAUGGACGCGUUGUGUAAAGAAGGAAGGAUAACCGAAGCAGAAAGUUUGUUGUCGCUGAUGAUUCAAAGAGGCGUGACACCCAACACGGUUACAUACAAUUCACUCAUUCGUGGUUACUGCUUACUUGGAAAAAUGGAUGUUGCUAGGAAGUUGUUUGACUCUAUGGUUGACCAGCAUUCCGCUCAUUCAGUUAUCAGUUACAACAUAUUAAUAAAAGGGUACUCCGAAAACAAAAAAAUAGAUGAAGCGUUGAGUGUUUUUCGUGAAAUGUGUAACGAAGAUAUUGUUCCUAGUCUUGUAACAUACAACACUCUUAUUAUUGGUCUGUGUCAAGCGGGCCGAUUUGAGGAAGCGCUUUUGCUUCCGUAUGAAAUGAAAUCUCAUGGUUUGACUCCCGAUAUUUCCACUUACAAUACUCUGUUAGAUGCCCUUUGCAAGAAUACGAAACUAGAUGAAGCCGUAAAGUUUUUUGAUUCCAUGAUCGACCAAGGUUGCACGCCUUCUGUUAUGAGUUACAACAUUUUAAUCAAAGGGUACUCCGAAAACGAAAAAAUAGAUGAAGCUUUGAAUACGUUUAGUAAAAUGUCUAAGAAUGGUGUUAAUCCUAACGUAGUUACAUACAACACUCUUAUUAGUGGUUUGUUUCAUGCGGGCCGACUUGAGGAGGCUCGUAUGCUUUCUUCCGAAAUGAAAUCCCGUGGUCUGAAACCAGAUAUCGUCACUUUCAAUACUAUAUUGAACACCCUUUGUAAGAACGGGAAAGUAGAGGAAGCCCGAAGUUUGUUCAACACAAUGGAUGACGAUGAUGUUGUUCCUGAUAUUGUUACGUGCAAUUGCAUCAUCGAUGGUAUGUGCAAAUCUGGGGAAACGGAUGAUGCGUAUGGGAUGUUUUUGAGUCUUUCGGCUAGAGGCUUGCAGCCUAAUGUGCGUACAUACAACAUCAUGAUUGAUGGAUUGUGUAAAGCGAGUGAACUUGAUAAAGCAAAUACAUUGUUUCUAGAAAUGAAAGCAAACGGUUGUUCUGCCGAUGAGAUUACGUAUAAGAUAAUGGUGCAGGGAUUUAUUCGAGCGAAGCAGACCACCAGGGCUAUUGAAUUUAUUAACCGAUCGCUUAAUGGAAAUGUUUCGGCAGAUGUAAAGAAGUGGCUAAAUGGUUGUUGUCCCCCAAUGGAUCAAAAGAUUCUUUCAAGUUCUAACUAAUUUUUUACCCUUUUGAGAUAAAACACGACCCAGAUUGACGUGUUCAUAAGUAAGUAAACUGUCGAAAUGGUCUCUUGUUUCUCAUGUCAUUCUCUGAUGCUAUUGACAGAGACGUGGUCGUGCUGGUCGAGUACCGCCUGGAGUAUGCUAUAGAUUAUAUCCAAAAAAUGGGUCGUAAAAAGCUUUCAACUUGGAGCCAUUGAGUCCUUCUUGGCUAAGGCGCUUCAGCCCCCUGAUGCACUUUCUGUUCAAAAUGCUGUUGAACUUCUUAAGACCAUGGGGGCUCUAGAUGAUGCAGAAGAGCUCACUCCACUUGGUGGUAAAUUCUGAUGCCUAGUGAAAAGGUGAAAACCAGCAGCAUAUACAUUCAGGACUCCACAAAUAUAUCAGAUUACGCUUUGCUAAUGUUUGGUGGUAAUCUAAUUCCAAGCAAGAAUGGAGAUGGCAUUGAGAUGCUCGAUGGGUAUCUUCAGUUUUCUGCGUCCAAGAGUGUGUUGGGAUUGAUAAAGAUAAUGAGAGGGGAAGUAGAUACAUUAUUGAAAAGGAAAAUUGAAGACCCUAAGCUGGAUGUUAAUGUUGAAGGAAAAGGAGUUGUUGCAGCUCUUGUUGAGUUGCUGCACAACCAGAAUGUUUGUUAUUAGACAUUAAUUUUAGAGUAAAUUACUUUUUGAGUCCCUGUGUUUUAGUGGUUUUAACCAUUUGAGUGCAAAAUAAAAAAGUUUAACGCUCUGAAUCCCUAACCGUUCAUUUUAUAACGUUUUGAGUCUCCGUGUUUUAGUGGUUUUAACCACUUGAGUCCAAAAUCAAAAGCACGAGUGUUAAAAAAUUGGACUCAAAACGUUAUAAAAUGAGCGGUUAGGGACUCAAGGUGUUAAACUUUUUGAUUUUGGAUUCAAGUAGUUAUCACUAAAACAUAGGGAUUCAAAAAGUAAUUUACCCUUAAUUUUAUAUUUGUUUUCAUUUAUAUAAUCAGCAUAGUACCACAUUUGAAAAGUAUGAUUUUUAGUUAAAUUAUAAGUUAAAGUUA